GCUCAAGGGGAAAGGUUGCCGCGCGGUCGCAAGGGGCGGGAGGAGUCUGGCGGUGAUUGAUGGGGAAGGGACGAAUGAAUAAAGGUACUUGUCUAGGGACAGCAAGGAUCCCGAGCAAGCUGCGGAGGCUACACGGUCAGGCAUUCCCUCAGCGUUUCGUCAGAGCCAGAUCCGCCCGCAGCUGAAGGGAGGCGCGCUCCGCUCCAGGGUAGCCUGGAGCCCAGCUGCGAGCCAAGUGAGUCCCGGGAAGGAGGUCCCCCUGCGCCUGGUGCGUCCGGUCCGCGAGACUGAAAGCUGAAGAGUGGCCACCCGACUCCCCCCGGAGCAGGCAGCAGCAUGCAGCCGCUGCCCAGCCUGUGCGGACGCGCCCUGCUGGCGCUGAUCCUUGCCUGCGGCGUGGUGGGUGUCCAGGCUGAAGAGAGGGGAUUCCCGCCGGCCGGGGCCACUCCGCCACUUCUGGGGGCCGGAGAGAUAAUGGCGCCCCCAACUAAGACCUCCUGGCCCAGGGGGUCCAACGCCAGCGUGCAGCGGUCGUCCGCAUCUCCGCAGAUGCCGAAAGGAGGGAGAAUGGCGGGAACCCCACCGCGCACCCUCCCCCCGCCCCCGUGCGAAAGACCCAUCGAGAUCAAGGAGACUUUCAAGUACAUCAACACGGUGGUGUCCUGCCUAGUGUUCGUGCUGGGCAUCAUCGGAAACUCCACACUGCUGAGAAUCAUUUACAAGAACAAGUGCAUGCGAAACGGCCCUAAUAUCUUGAUAGCCAGCCUGGCCCUGGGAGACCUGCUGCACAUCGUCAUUGAUAUCCCCAUCAAUGUCUACAAGCUACUUGCCGAGGACUGGCCCUUUGGAGUUGAGAUGUGUAAGCUGGUGCCUUUCAUACAGAAGGCCUCUGUGGGAAUCACUGUGCUGAGUCUAUGUGCUCUAAGUAUUGACAGAUAUCGAGCUGUUGCUUCUUGGAGUCGAAUUAAAGGAAUCGGGGUUCCAAAAUGGACAGCAGUAGAAAUUGUUUUAAUUUGGGUGGUCUCCGUGGUCCUGGCUGUCCCUGAAGCCGUGGGUUUUGAUAUGAUUACCACUGACUACAAAGGAAGUUAUCUGAGAAUCUGUUUGCUCCAUCCCACUCAGAAAACAGCCUUCAUGCAGUUUUACAAGACAGCUAAAGAUUGGUGGCUAUUUAGUUUCUAUUUCUGCUUGCCAUUGGCCAUCACUGCAUUGUUUUAUACCCUGAUGACCUGUGAAAUGUUGAGAAAGAAGAGUGGCAUGCAAAUUGCUUUAAAUGAUCACUUAAAGCAGAGACGGGAAGUGGCCAAAACAGUAUUUUGCCUGGUCCUUGUCUUUGCCCUGUGUUGGCUUCCUCUUCACCUCAGCAGGAUUUUGAAGCUCACUCUUUAUGAUCGGAACGAUCCCAAUAGAUGUGAACUUUUGAGCUUUUUGUUGGUAUUGGACUACAUUGGCAUCAACAUGGCCUCCCUGAAUUCCUGUAUUAACCCAAUAGCUCUGUAUUUGGUGAGCAAAAGAUUCAAAAACUGCUUUAAGUCAUGCUUAUGCUGUUGGUGCCAGUCAUUUGAAGAAAAGCAGUCCUUGGAGGAAAAGCAGUCGUGCUUAAAGUUCAAAGCUAAUGAUCACGGAUAUGACAACUUCCGUUCCAGUAAUAAAUACAGCUCAUCUUGAAAGAAGGAAUAUUCAUUUUCUUUACUUUGGACAGAAAUCAUUAAAACAAUGAGGCAUCCGCCAAACAAAACAAAACAACUGUGUGUUUGCACAAAACAAUGUAAAAAUGUAAGAGUGAUUAUUUUCUUAACACUCAGAAUUACUCAUGACAUUUUAUGAGCUGUUUACAGCCUGAGAAGAAAAGCGAUGAGAAUUAAGAAAGCCUCAUUGUGAAAGCACUUAAUCCUUUACAGUCAGCACUUCAAUGUGGCUCUUCAGAACUUCUGGUAUAUUCAUACACCACUUACGUUUAAAUUGAGCUCACUCAGAAUUCCUAUUAAAGAUGUUUAUUUUUUAAAUUAAGGUGAAUCUGAUGCAAAGGAAAAAUGUGUUGCUGC